UAUCAUAGAGAAUUGAAGGAGAUAUCAUGCUUUCCACAAACAGCAAUCUGCUAAUGAGCGUGGGUCAUGUCUACUUGUAGCCCUUGCUCUUCGUUGUAGUCUUUUGCAGCUUCUUGAGGCAGUUCACAACCUUCAAGAACUCUGUCUAGCUUGAUGUAAGAGCCAUGGGCUGCGGAUCCAGCAGAGUCGAGAACUCCAGGUUCUGCCAGACGUACGGGGAACCGAGUGAAUUCGACACGUGCUCUUCGGUGGUGUCGACGGCACGGGACAAUAGAGGUGAACCAGACGGCAGGGAAGUCGUCAACUCGCCCGUUCCAAAGGAAGUUCUAAACGACUACAGUAAUCGCAUCUCAAACUUCGCUCCCAAGGAUAGAUCGGGUUCCUUCUCAAGUCGUAGAUCAGCUCCUCGAACCGCAGGCUCAACGCUUAAAAUGUUAAAGCCAAACUCACGAGUCAAAUCGGACUUUAACGAACUCACCGAGCCCGUGCAAGAUGAAGACGCCGGGUCCAACGUAAGAUCACGCGGCCCGGGGAGUCGUACGGGACGCGCUGAAUCGCCUGUUGGCGAGACGGGGGAUUUUCUGACUGCGAGAUAGCUGCGUGUGGAGGAACCACAGCUCUGUGUGGAACCAAGCGGCAGCGACCUCUCAAGAAAAGCCUGGCUCAACCUCAACCGUAUCAGAACUAGAGUUGGCCGUACACAAUAUUUCCUGCAUAACAAUUUGAGUUGAUCUAUCGCCAAACUGUGCCUGUGUAAAAAUGCAAACUACAUGUAUGUGUCUACCAUCGAUGCUUGCCCUAUCUACAAAUCCACUCACGUUGCUUCAGGACAUGUUGAGUUCAAUGAUGAGACAAUCAGUUUGAUUAACGAGGAUCUUCCUGUUUAAUACACAUGUAGAUGAUGUAGGCGUGUUCCCUUAAUAUUCUGAAUACGAACGAACGGGCCGUUUUUUUCUCAUUUUUAGGGACUAAAAAUUCUCCAGUGACGGAAAACUGAGCUACCUGCUUUAUGAAUAGCAGAGAACAAUCUCAGCCGUAUUUGUAAGAAACAAUGUAAAUAAACAAUAUUUCACUUAAACGAAGCCGCACCACCAAUUUUGGAGUAUUUAAUUUUAACAAUUUGGGGCAAAUGUGAAUAAAGGCACACAAAUGUAAAACAAAUAAAUAGUAUUUUGUUAUUUGUUCACGAAAAAAUAUAUAUGUAACAAUUUGUAAACGUGCUAUGUCUGUAUUAAAGUAUAUUUUUAUUAUUUAUCUACCAGUUUGAAAUCAUAUUACUGAGGAUAUUUUAAAUUAAAAAAAAUAUAAUUUUAGUUCUUUGUGAACGAGUAAUUUUUUUUUUAAAGGAAAUUCAUACUAUAGAGAAUUUGGAAUCCAGUGAGUUUGCUUUUCACCCAAUUAAAAUUUUAAUUUUUUUAUUUCGUGGGUCAAAGGUAUCAUACAUCAGGAAUGGUAAGGAUACAAAACAUCA